GGACCUAGUUAUAAGCUUUCUUUUCGUUUCUGGUAGCCGCUCCACGAAAAAGAAAGGGCGAGCGUCGAAGGAAAACUUCGAAAUGGUGCAGCGGUUAACCUACCGGAAGCGGCAUAGCUAUGCGACUAAAUCAAACCAGACUAGGGUUGUGAAAACUCCAGGUGGCAGGCUUAUUUACCAGUACACCAAGAAAAGGGCGAGUGGGCCAAAAUGCCCUGUUACUGGCAAGAGGAUUAUUGGUAUUCCCCGCCUAAGACCUGCCGAGUAUAAAAGAUCCAGAUUGGCUAGAAACAGGAGGACCGUCCACCGUGCAUAUGGAGGUGUUUUAUCCGGAGGUGCUGUCAGGGAAAGGAUCAUUCGUGCUUUUCUUGUUGAAGAGCAGAAGAUUGUCAAAAAGGUUUUAAAGAUACAGAAGGCCAAGGAAAAGCAAGCUGCGAAGAGCUAGGCUGGAGAAGUAAAAUGGGGGAGUUUUGUAACUAAAGCAAAAUUUUGGCAUUCCUCAUUAGCUUGAUUGUCUGGUAAUCUUGGUGAAUUGAAUUUAGUUUCCUAGAGCUGGUGUGGUGGUGAUAAGUGGUAAAUUUUUGGUGUAUGUUUUCUUUCAUUUCUCUAAGGAUAGGAACUUCAUUGUUAAGUUUGUGAUUUGGAAACAUCUGGAACUUAUUAUUAUUUAAAUCAGGAGCUACAAUAUCCUAACUUA